UUCGAUCCCCGGUACCAAAAAAAAAAAAAAAAGCAACAGUAGCAUGUUCAACAGAAUUAAAAUGUGAUGUGUAAGGAGCCCCAGUAAAGUUUGCUUUUGUUUCCACAGGCUGAAUUGAAGAUUCCUCUUAUCUCCUGGGCGCCAAGAACUAUGAACAGGCAGGGCAAUAAAAUGACAAUGAAAGAGGGACCCAGAGAUCUGAAAUUCCAGAACUUCGCCCUGCCAAACAAUAGGUCAUGGUCUACCAUCAAUAGUGCCACAGGUCAGUACCAGUACCGGACCUUUGAGGAGCCUCUACCGCACUGCGAAAAGAACAUGACUGCAGUCCUAGACACAGCAAAAUUCCCCAGUGAUGACGACUAUGAAGACCCCGAGCUUCAGGUGAUAGAUGGGUGGCCAUCGGUGAAAAUUUUGCCAGCCAGGCCCAUAAAGGAAUCUGAAUAUGCAGAUACUCGCUAUUUCAAGGGUGCAGUGGAUGGCCCCUCUCCAUGGCACAUCAAGCCCUCAACGCCUCCUACAGGGAGAACCCAGAACACGUGGCUACAGCUGGAGGAAGUGGACAAGCCCAUUUCCAAGGACAUCAGAAGCCAACAUGCUAAAGGGGACAAACCCAUACAGGAAAACAAGACCCCUUUACCACCUCCUAGGCCUCCGCCCACCGUCCUGAAGAAGUACCAGCCCUUGCCUCCCUUGCCCUGGGAGAGCCACACACCUGCCCUGCAGCAGCACACCUUCCCAGAAGGCCAGAGGGAGCCCAGACAAAUAAGCUUAAAGGACUUAAGUGAAGCCCUUGGAGAAGAAAAAGUUUCUCAUCACCAGAUAAAGCCUGAAUCAUCUCACCCAUCACAAAACCAAAGCACUCAGAGGACUCUACUUCCUGUUACCAGUUCUUCCUUCAUGCUGAGAAACCACAAUAUCCAAGAAAGAGGUCAAAAAGGCAGCAUGCAGUCCCACUCCCCUAGGAGAUGCCCGCCUCCAGCCAGCUGUGGCCCUGCUGAAAGCACAUUGCCCUCUGGAGACACUGGCUGGAGAAAACCUUUCCCCCCAAGAUCUGGUGCAAAGGAUGUUCAGCACAAUGAAUGGUACAUUGGAGAAUACAGUCGGCAGGUAGUUGAAGAGGCAUUAAUGCAGGAGAACAAGGAUGGUACUUUCUUGGUCCGAGACUGUUCCACCAAAUCCAUGGCAGAACCAUACGUCUUGGUGGUGUUUCAUGGGAACAAAGUGUACAAUGUGAAGAUCCGCUUCCUGGAGAGGAACCAGAAAUUUGCGCUGGGGACAGGACUCAGAGGAGAUGAGAAGUUUGAUUCCGUGGAAGACAUCAUUGAACACUACAAGUGUUUUCCUAUUACACUCAUCGACGGGAAAGACAAGAGUGGCGUCCGCAGGGAGCAAUGCUACCUCACCCAGCCACUCCCUCUUGCCAGGCGCUUCUCGCCUUGGUAGCCUGCUUUUCUGUUUGUCCUCAGCUCAGUGGAGUUUAUAUCAUGCUGCAUUUAUUCCAGAAAAUCACUGUAUGAAUCUUCAAGCGAUGACUUUGUUGACUUCAUGUAAAAGAAAAAUAUUCUGUAAUGCAAAUUGAGAAAUCAAUCAUGAUUUUGAAAGUUGAAAGUACAGAAGAGAUACUUGUAACAUCCGAAAAUAAAAACCAGGUUUUCAAAAGUAUUUUCUAAACAAAAAGCUACAAAUACGGUACUUAGGCUCACAUUACAGAUGAGCAGCAGAGGUCACAAGAAGUUGGUGCUUAAAUGUUUGUACCUGGUGUCAUAAGUCUAGGAGAGAUCCCCAACCCUGUGCCCUCUGCAGCCCAGCACAGCCUCCCUGAGUUCAUGCACUGAAGGCAUUUGAAUGAUUCCUUCUGCCAGAGAUGUCGACACAUGUUGGCUCUGUCUAAUUUGUGAUUCUGGAAAUUCAAUUGUAGGGAAGGAAUAUGGAAAGAGAAAUGAGAAUUUGUGAAUAUCAACUUAACACCAAAAGUUAGAAAUACUUUCUCUGUGGUAUGCAUAUUCUGCUCACAGUAACUUUAAGCCAAAUGCAAGUAUCAAAUUCACAGAAAGGAACUCAGCAGAUGAUAGCCCAGUCCGACCGUAAGGCAGUUAAGUGUUGAUUCUUGCAGUAAGCUUACAGAGAGAUGUUGGGUAGUGUCUACCUUUAAGGUGAAGAUUUGAUUUUGUUUCUGUUUUGUAAGACAGAUGAGGAAGAGGAGGCUCAAUGAAGUUACUGAUCUGCUCGAUAUAAGAAGUGAGCCUAGACUGUCCCUUCUUGCCUGGUUCCAUGUAAGUGUGGCUUCCCAGGCAUGUUCUGCGCCCUGUGGAAUUUUACAGCCAAGUAGAAAAGCUGGAUUUGAAAAGAGCAAGAGAAACAAUUUGAAAACACAGACUUAUCCCCCUUAAAACAAAUAAAUUCUCAUAGUGGAGUAAGUUUGGUAAAAAAAAAAAAAGAUACAAUUGAAAUGAAUGGUGCACCGUGAUUUCAAAUGUUACCAAGGCUUAAAUUCAUGGAGCAUUCAUGAAAUUGAAAUUUUAACGCAGAAAUAAAAUAGAAGUAAAAGGCAAGCAAAUCCAACGAGACCAACACAAUGUCCAGGAUUUUCUCUAAAAGAGGAGACAAUGAGCUCUCUGGGAGGAGCUCUUAGCAUCUGCCCCCAAACACCUGUUUAGAUGCUCUGCGGAGUCAGUGGAAAGUGUCCAGGUUAGAUGAGGAGAGGAGAGUUUCAUGGCGAGCCUGCCCUUCUACAGCUAGAUGAAGAGGAGGAUGAACAGAAGCAGGCAGAGACGCUUCAGGAUGCCACUUGUGCAGAGAGAGAGGGAAGUGGAGGUACAGUGUAUGAAAGCUUAGGUCUAAGCAGCAGCUCUGGGAGAGUCUUGGCUGGUCCUUGGUGUGUUCCAAGAUUAUCCACAGAGGAGCGUCACACACUGGGCAGAAAUGGCCAGGCUUCAGCCCCCUUCCAUGUGGAAGAAAACAUGUCCUUCAGGUGUGUGGCAGACCCCAAGUGUGCCACCCAGGAGGCAUCAGCUGCCACACUGCUCAGCAAGUUCUUCUGAGGGAGACCCAAGUCUCCCCCUCCACACUUGCCUCAGCAACGUUCCUGUUUUCCUGCUUUCGGUGUUGAUUGUAGUCAGAACAUUUUGCUGAUAAUGGAUCAUCAAAGAACAGGAUACAUAAAUUUUAACUGUAUUCAAUUCUGACGAGUUGUAUAAAGAAGAUACUCUGAACACAAUUUAUAAUUGCAGAAAUUGUGUCUCCCUGGCCAAAAUCUUACAAUGGAUGGCUGUGACAAGAACCAAGAUUCUCACACAUAAUUCUUCUAUUUUCUGUCUAUCUGCUUUAUUGGAUCUGUUAUGGAAAAUUCAAUGAUAUGAUUUUUGCAGGCACAAAUUCCAAACUGUUUUCUUCUCUCUUCAAGUAUUAUCUCAUUUUCAGUCUAAAGGUGUCACUGGAUACUUAGCCUCAACAAAGUAGUGGAAUUUUAGUUUCAUUUGAUUAUGGCAUUGAUGCAUGCCAUAUUUUCUUUUGAACUAAAUAAUGCCCAUCCUGAAUCUAUGUCUCGGUCAUCUUUAGUGAAGUAUUGGUAUGGCACUUGUUUGCAUGCUGCAUGUGUAUUCAUUGCUAGGUGCUACUGUAGAUGUUGGAAAUGAAGGAGUGAAUAAUUGAGAAAGACAGAUGACAAAUAAGGAUACAGAUGAAUGAGGCAAUCCAAAUUGUUUUCCCAUCACCCUAUCGUAUUUUCCUUUAACUCAUCACUGAGUGUUUAUUGAGUUAGGCCAACAUUAAAUAUUUUGUGAACUUCCUAUGAGAUUGUGUCAAAAGUCCUGAAUCAGAACAUUUUAAAUUUUUCCCAACUUACAGAAAACUUCCUCUCUUGGCAAUGUGAGGAUAACACAUAAUAGCUAUAAUCAAUUAAA